AUGUGGCAUCGCAGACCAAUACAGAGGAGGUUCUUUUCACGACAGUUAGUAUUACAGUUUGCCAUGAAAGGCUUAACCUAUCAAAAGAUCAAGUCCAACAGUGAAGGAAAGAAGCUAGCAAAUGCCAAAACCAUAACAACAAAGACUAUAUCUGCCUCUAUAUCCGACGGUAAGGUCAUGGCGAAGAACUAA